AUGAAAAAGUAUUGGUUUUGCAUUUCAGCUUUUUAUUUAUGUUUUAACAUACUAUCAAAAUGUAAAGAAAUAGAGAAUAAAAGCCUUGAACUUUUGGCCGGCUACAAACGGGAUGAGAGUUCAGGGAAUUCUUUUAAAAACAGAGAAGCGGAAGGGAAGCACGAUAUCAAAAUUAAUAACGGGUCUAAUUACAAUGAAUACUCUUUUUUAUCGUUAAAGGCUAGUUCUAUAUUUAACCAGAAUUAUGUGGCCAAGUUAAUCAAUACUAUUCUGUAUAGGGGACUGCUCAUAAAGGGCAAGUUCCACAAGAAUGUUGCCAUUUAUGAGUCUCUCUCACGUACCAACUACUUUUUCUACCUAACUGUACUGAAUAAGAAAAAUGUCAAGCGCAUUGUCAAAUUAAUAUCUAGGGCCCACGAUUCAAGGAAAAAACACGAUGUGUUCAGGAGACAGCUGAUAGCCUACUUCGACAGCCCCCCCUUCCCACUGGACAAUGCUUUUAAAAACGAAAUGGACCACGCGCUAAUGAUAUACAAGAAAGCGAAAACUGACGCCUACUGGGGCAUGGUCGACGCAUUAAAAAACGACGGGCUGCUCCUAGCAAGAACCUUUAUGUCCGUGUCAUUCGUCCAAAGUCUGAGAGGAAUUAUUGGAGUUAUAAAUCACGAAUUGAUAGACCUGUGUUUUUCAAACGCCUAUCUGUACAACCACAUCGCCUCUUUUGAUAAGCUCAUAAUGAACAACACUUUCGGGGUCAUCAUGUCCUAUGUGUUCAAAUCGCUGUUGCUAUUUUUCUACCCUCUCGUGAUUCCAUUCCGCGGAGCCUUUGCCUUUGCCUUAUCCUCCUUCUGCAUUUCGCAGCUUAGCAAAAUAGUCUUCCUAAUUUACAGAAACAUCAAACGGCUCGCUCGAAUAUCCUACCGAAAGUUGUACAGCACCAUUUUGAAGUUCAACGUGUUGAAGUUCCCGGAACUGCAGCCGUACGCCUCGAAACUGCUAUACGGAGACGCCCUAAUCUUAGUGUCCAAAAUUUGGAAAUUAUCUUACGUAAAUGUCACUCAGCAUUUGACCGGAAAAAAUUUAACCCCCGUUUUGAACAACUUGUUUGAGAAAAACCUCGGCACGGGAUUUUUUGAGUUCAGCAAUUCGCUCUUUAAAUACGUCAUAGACUCCAUGGAGGGCAUGCAGUUGAUAAGUACCAAAGAGGCGGACCUCGAUAAGGAAGCCCAGUACAACACGCAGACCUUCAAGAGGAUCCUGAUGAUCCUGAAGAUCACGAGAAAAGUGCUUUACUAUGAGGAGUCCUACAUGCGACUAGCCGUGGCAAACCUGCUAACGAAAAUUUACACGCUGCUCUUCGUGAACGUAAAUUACAUCAGCAAAAUGGCCCCCAAGGAAUUCUUCCACGCUGAUGUAGAAUCAGAAUUUAGAUACAUCUAUGAGGACCAAGUGUACGAACUAUUUUUACAAAGAAUCUCUUCUGAUAUUAUUAGAAAGCCAUUUAUAAAAAGAAAUAUUAAAAGAAUCAAUAGAGGAAGCAUAGAAUUUACUCUGUCCCUUAUCAAGAUAAAACUCCUGCACUAUAAACCCUCGCUAAAGUUCCCUUACGGCAGCUUAUACUUCGAUGAGCCUUUAAAAAAGCAAUUAAACGCCUCCAUGAAAUUGAUCAUAGUAGGGUCAACAGGAAUUAUAGCCAGCCUUGUAAAUUACGGAGAAAAAUAUGAAAUACUUAAAAAAUGUCCCCUAGAAAUAGCCAAAAAUCUGAACCAGACAUGUAAUUACAGCACGUUUGACGUAAAAAAAUUGCUUUUCCCAUUGAACAUUUUCAUAAAUCUGUUAAUUCCCCUCUUCUUAAAUUACAACGAUAUUAUGAUAAACAAAGAUAUAAUAGAACAUAUGGUCAGCUUUUUUAAGGUCAUUUUGGACUCUAAAGAUUUAUACCUUUAUCAAUACUUAAAAAAUGUGGUAGACACUAUUAAAAAAGCGGAGGGGGCAGAUUUGGCAGAAGUCAAUUACGACGAAGAAAUUGAUAAAUUGGUUUUGGAUGAAAUUCAUAAAGUGAUAGAUGAAGUAAAUAAUGAAAAAAACAAUUCUCUAAUUUUUAAUAAUUAUUCUAUGAAAAAUAAUGACCUUUACCUUCACAAUAAGGAUGGACACUUGUUUAAAUUCCUCUUCAACGAUAGCAACAAAAAAGACUCCUUUUCCAGACUUGUACACAUGCACAAUUAUAGAAACCCUUUAUCCUUUCAAGUCCCUCUAAUAAAAUUUGAGCCUUCCAACAGGAACGAUGGAAGCUUGGUUGUGGGCUCAUUUCUAGACAAAUUUGAGGGAAAGUUGAGCGGCUGCUAUAUGUGCCUGAAGGAGGACGACGACGUUUUGGUUGUCGACUUGAUUCACCACGUUCUCUGGGCCUCGGGGGUCGACCGCUUCAGCGCCUACAUUUUCUCCUCCAUGGUCGGAGCGGUGAAGCAGUACUUCCACCAGGGCGUCUCCUGGAACAGAGCCCUCCUAAACAUGUUGCCCACCGAGUUCUACGAAGUGUACAGGGUGUUCAUGGAAAAGACUCCCCAGCCGAAGGACCGAUCUCAAAACAUUUUCAUAAAGCGAAUCAAAAAAUACAGAUUCAAUCUAAACCAGACAUCCUUCUCCAAAAUGUUUAAAAUCUUUUUGGAAAAUGUCUUAAAUAAGGUAAACUUUUUCAACACGGAAGAGGCCACCAUCAUUUUGAUCAUGUCAGCAUUAUAUUCUCUCUACAAAAAUAUUGAAAAGCACGAAAUACCAUCAAGCGAAACGUACAAACUGUACCAGCAAAAACUGAUAGAGGUCUACUACCCUGUUAAGUACUACGCGCACCACUACGAGUCUUACACCAUGCACUUGCUUAAGGAGAAGCAAAAGGAGUAUGUCACCGAUGACGAAAGUGAAGGAGAAAAUAAGAGUGAUGAGGAUAAGAAGGAUGCAACGGUUAGUCCUUCUGAACAGACGGAUGAUAAAGAACUGGAAAAGCCUCCAAAACCAAAGAAAGAGAAGAUACAAAUUGAACUACCGCUAGACGACGAACUUGUGCAAAACACCAAAUCCCUGCUACAAGAAGCAGAAUCGAGGGAAGAAGAAAGGAACAAAAUUAUAGACGAAAUAGAGUCAAAGCAUGGACAGUUGCCACAUAAGGAAAACUUCCCCCAUUUACCCCCAAAGUGUAUGUUCCUUCUAUACUACGAUUUCGCCCCCUUUAUUAAAGACAACAUAAAAGGUAUAGAGCAAGUCUCCAACAAUUUAACCGGAAGUACCAUCGAUAUGAAGAACGUAAGGAAUAUAGAUCUUGUGCAGACAGAAAAAACGCAGUACGCAUCAAUUGACGAGAAAAAUCUCAUAAAAAUAUUAUGCGGUACGUUUUUAUUUUUAAAAAAGGAAAAUAUUUCCAUUGAAGAUAUAUUCAAAUUCAAUCAUGCCAACGAUGCUGUGAAGCAUUUGCUCAUAAUUGUGUCCUUACUCAGAAUAGAGAAAAAAACUAACCGAUAUUCUUGGAAAAAAUUCUUAACUUUGGAAAAAUUCCUAGAUCAAAGAGAAAAGAUUUAUAAAACGCCCAUGAAGUAUCUGUACCUGAAAUUGUUAAAUGUGAAGAGGGUGUUUGGCUUUACCCACAGAAAGUUACUAAUGGCGUUGGGAAAGAGAAUCAAGGGAAAGAGAUUCAUGAACAUAUUAAGAUACACGACAUUCUUCGAAAUUUUGGAGAACGCUGAGUCUAUUAAUUCUAUAUACCCAAGGGUGUACAUUAAAUUUGAGGACAUACUUAUGUUCUCUAAUGUGUUCCACAAGUUUAAAUUUCCAAUCAUUAGAUACACUUCUAGCCAAGAAACGGUGCGAACCAUGCUGAACAAUUUUAAGCUAUCUCCCAACACGUCAAUAAAUAAUGAAAAAAUGAUUCUCAGAAUUUACAAUAUUAUCAAUUUAAUAAUUAAGAAGAAGUAUAAUUACGAUUUGAAUGAACUGAGGAAAGACAAAAAAUAUUUCGAGGUGCAUGCGCAAAAUAAAAGUGAACAUAUUUUAAAUGAUAUAAAGAUUAAGCCAAUAGUAGACCAGUACCUAUCUCAGCUAAUUGGAUUCAUAAAACUCUUAACAGAUAUGAGAUUUACCAACUUUUUAUUUUUGAGAAAUUUUUACGUCUUCAUAAAAUUCUAUGCAGUAACGGGAGAUUUAGAUUAUUCCAUGAACAGCUCAGUCUUCUACCUGGCCAGCAGAAAUUACUUAAACUUUAUCCUUAACUCUAUCGUCGAAUUUGAGAACUUUAAAAAGUUUAUGGAGAAAAUAAAAAGAAACAACAACAUUAAGAAGUUCCCGAUUGAUCAUUACAACUUCCAAACGGAAUGCUACUCUGUGGAUGACAUCAAAACGUAUGUCUUUAUCCCGGAGGAUAAAGAAAAAAUAAACAAAUACUAUGAAAUUAUGGGAUAUGAUAUUAACAGCUUCUACAAGAACUACCUCUUGAUAGACCUAUUUUACGACGAUUUAGAUAAAAAAAAUUUAGACACCUACUACCAAAAAAUUGCCAAUGCUACCGAUUACAAUAUAGGCCCCACGUCAGACAUAUACAUCCCUGGUGGAAGGAAAAGCAAUCGAGUCAUUCCAAACAACGAUGUGGAGAUGCUAAACGAAACUGUGCAGAAUUAUAUUUAUUUAGAAAAAUUUCUGGACAAAACUAACAUCCCAUCCAUCCCAUUUGUCGAUUUUAACAUCGCGCAAGACAAAAACGGAGUCAGCUUCAAUUUCACCAACAGAGCUACCACGCCACCUUUUUAUAAAGAAAAUAUUCUAGACCAAUUUGAUAUUAUCGGAAAAUCUAUCAUAGGGAAAUAUUACCAAAAGGUUAAGUGCUCUUUUGUCACCUACCCCUUUAAUUUGUAUUACUGGUUGGUCCUUAAUCCAGGCAAACCUCGCGUAGAAACAGUAGGUAACGUCGGGUUAAUCAAAGAAGCAGAUUUAAUGUCCAAAACGGAUGAAGAAAAAGAAUUAGAAGAGCAAAAGCUAGAUGAACAACUAGUAGAGGAUCUCUUUAAGGAAGAAGCCGAAGCGGAGGAAGAUCUCAUGGAAGAGGAAGAAAACUGGGACGAUACUACCGCGUCGGAAGCAGAUAUCUCAGAGUCAGAAUUCGAGGAUGACCUUGUGCACGUUGGAAAGGAUUCCAAACCGGACGACGACACCCUUUCCUAUGUGAGCGCCGCGUCUGAUUUGUCCACCGGCUCCUUCGAAAGCGUCGCCAGUGGGGCCUCCAACGCGUCAACCGCUACUCUGGGAAGCGCCUCCUCCAAUUCCAAUGCGUCCAUUGAUACACUCGGAAGUGCCGCCUCAAACGCAUCCACCGUUACUCUCGGAAGUGCCUCCUCCAAUUCCAACGCGUCCACUGCUACUCUGGGAAGUGCCUCCUCCAAUUCCAACGCGUCCACCGCUACUCUGGGAAGUGCCUCCUCCAAUUCCAACGCGUCCACCGCUACUCUGGGAAGUGCCUCCUCCGGCGGAAGCACCAUCUCAGGAUCGACAACCUCCGUGAACUUCCUCCAAACGGCUAGCCAAGAAGACACCGAUUGGGAGCACGGAAUUUUCCAAGUGGAAAAAGAGUCCGAAAUGAAAAAGAAGUUUAACCAAACAAACGGUGUAAGCUUCCUGCAAAAAAAAGAAAUGAAUCCACUCCCAUUUGUAGACACCAUGAUAGAAGAAAAAAAUAACAACACGAAUAAAGAAAAUUAUGGGUACUUUAACAGGCCAUACAACAUGUAUGUUAACAAGACAAACAUAUAUAGAAACUUCAGCGUGAUAAUGAAAAUUGUGCAUACCAUAAUUUCGUUAAACAAAUUUUCUGUUGUUUCUCCAGUGGAGAUAAUCAAAAAGGGGCUCAAAAUAAUGAAGGGCAAAAAUAAAUUUAUAAAGAACCACCAUUUGAAUCCAUUUAUUAAUAAAAUGCUUCUGGACAUUAACGAAACGGUGCAGAAGCUCAAGUCAAGUAGCGAAAAGGGAUUCAUAGGAUCCAAAACGGAUAUAAUAUCGCUAUACAGAAUAGUAGAAUUUCAGCUAUUCAACGAAUUUCUAAUUUACCCCCCAAUGAAGAGACUGACAGACAGGGAACUCCGCUACGUCUUACAAGUUAUUAACGAAGGGUAUGCUUCCCACAUAAUGAAGGUGAAAUCCAAGUUAAAGAGAGAACAUGUCGUGAAGGACAAAAUCGUGCGUUUUCUAAAUACAUUUAAAGAGUAUAGAAAUUUAUUUGACGAUAUAGCCAUAGAUAGACUAGUGCAGAUGUUCGAAGAAUCACUAGAUUGUAAAGAUAUAAAAUGCUUCGACCUCCUCUUCAACAGCUUCAUUACACAUCGUUACAACAACAUCAUAAUGAGCUUAACAAAUAAAAGUGAAACAUUUAAUGUACUAGGAGAAAUAUUUAAAGACCCCGCAGCAUUGACGGAGGUACGCGUACAGGUACAUGAGACUUACGUCGAACCAUCCAGAAGACAAAAUGUAUAUCAAGAUUUCCAGCUAGAAAGCAAUGUCGUUUUACACCCCAAAUUAACAUAUAACGAAUUGCUAUUCAGUUCACUUGAAUUAUCUAAAAAAAUUGAAAUAUGGAAUUCUAUGUAUACACUAUUUAACAUAAGACAUAUAUAUGUCAAUAUUGGUUACCUUCUCCUCGGUGUUAAGUAUCAUAUUAAGCGAUCCCACAGGGUAUUCCUCCACACGUUUAAGUUCCUCGGAUGGCUCAGGAAGAAUAAAAAGAAUGAAAUAUACAUUCCAUGAGUUUGUAUUAGCCAGAAUGGAACGCUCUACCUUUUCCAGUGCAGAGGUGUGCUCAAUCCAUUUAAAUUGUCCCCGCAAAAAUCUCAUGUUGGAUCAUACCGCGUCCGUUUCCUUUUCAAACAUAUGCUCAGUAGCAAAGCAGAAUGCACGAGCGUUAAUUCUUUCUCUACACUGUCACUAACCAUGUGACACUCGUUUUUUUUUUUUUUUUUCGUUAUCAGCAUCACGUGAGUGUAUGGUAGGAUGGAAACGACUUUCCGCUUCUUUUUUUUUAAGGUUUAAUUUUUUUGAUUUAAGCUUUUUUCGUUAACUUUUUUGUUGCCUUUUUCGUUACCUUCUUUUUACGCGCAUUUUUUUCAUGCCGUUUCUCCCCCGAUUAGCACUUCCCUCACGCUAAUCGUCAACUCGAUUUUCAAUUUCGUUAAAAAAAAAAGGCAAUUUAGGUGACCCACCCAUACACACCUCCACCAGUGCAGCAUUACGUACGCAGCAUGCCCUUUCUACACACAUGCGCGUGUGCUUCUAACACAUGGGGUGUAAUAAACUGGAAAAGAAGCUUCCCCAUUUUUGUCACCCCCCGUGUAUUACUACCCCCCCAUACUUCGUAAAUCGCCCUUUGCACGAAUUUCCACGUGCGAAACGAUGAAAAAUAAUUUAGGAUAAUUUUUUUUCCAAAAGGGAGUAGCAACAUGUAGAGCUGCGCAGCUAAACCGUAUAUUCUUCCUCUUUCUUUCAUGUGAAGUACCAUGAAAAGAGGGGUACAAACAUAAAGGUCAAUUUGACCAUGCGCACAUACCCGUUCAAAUUGUAGUGACUCCUUUGCGCUUUCUUUUCUCAUUACAAAAAAUGGGGCUAGCUCGUACCAUAUAAUUCGUUCCCUACUCAGUCGUGACAU